UGUUGUCAGUCAGUCAAAAUGGAGCUUUAUCUGGAUCUUCGCUCUCAGCCCUGCCGCUCCGUCUUCAUGUUUGCCAGGGUCAAUGCCAUUCCCUUUGAAUUCAAGCUGGUGGACCUGGCAAAAGGGGAGCAGUACAGCGAGGAGUUCAGUAAGAUCAGCCCCGUAAGAAAAGUUCCAGUAAUGAAGGAUGGGGACUUUGUUCUGACAGAAAGUGUGGCCAUCCUUCAGUACCUGGCUGAGAAGCAUGCAUCCCGUCUCCCUGACCACUGGUACCCGGCUGACCUACGGCAGCGCGCGCGAGUCAAUGAGUAUCUAUCCUGGCAGCAGAUGAACCUGCGAGCCCAUGGGUCAAAGGUCUUCCUGCUCAAGAACAUGUACCCGGUGGUAAUGGGACAGGAAGUCCCUGGGGACAAGAUGUCAUCGGCCGUUGGAGAGCUGACCCAGUCUGUGGACACCUUGGAGAAGCAUUUCCUCGGUGAACGUUUGUUCCUGUGUGGCCCCUCAAUCUCUCUGGCUGACCUGGUGGCCGUGGCUGAGAUCAUGCAGCCGGUGAGCAGCGGCGUGGACGUGUUUUCGGGGCGUCCCAAGCUGUCAGCGUGGCGCGACCGCGUGAAAGAGGUGGUUGGCGCUGCGCUGUUUGACGAGGCCAACGCAGCUAUCAUGAUCCCUGGCGGUACGGCGCAGGCGCUUCGCGAAGUAGCACUGCCGGAUUCCUUGAAGGACAGAUACAAGAAACUGUUCAUGUGA